AUGUAUAGUAAUUUCAAGGAGCGAGCAAUUGAGUAUGUGCGGCAGGCGGUGGCGGAGGACAAUGAAGGGAACUAUGUCAAUGCCUAUCCUUUGUAUAUGAAUGCUUUGGAGUAUUUUAAGACCCAUUUGAAGUAUGAAAAGAACCCAAAAAUAAAGGAGGCGAUCACUCAGAAGUUUACGGAGUAUUUGCGCCGGGCGGAGGAGAUCCGGGUCGUGUUGGAUGAAGGUGGCUCAGGGCCGGCGUCUAAUGGGGAUGCGGCUGUGGCUACUCGGCCCAAGUCUAAACCCAAGGAUGGGAACGAUGGGGAGGAUGCAGACAAAGAGAAGUUGAGGUCUGGGUUGAAUUCAGCUAUUAUCAGGGAGAAGCCUAAUGUUAAGUGGAACGAUGUUGCGGGAUUGGAAAGUGCAAAGCAGGCGCUCCAGGAGGCUGUGAUUUUGCCUGUCAAGUUCCCGCAGUUUUUCACUGGCAAGAGGCGCCCAUGGAGGGCAUUCCUUUUGUAUGGUCCACCUGGAACAGGAAAGUCAUAUUUAGCUAAGGCUGUUGCUACAGAAGCAGACUCAACCUUUUUCAGUGUUUCUUCAUCAGACUUGGUUUCAAAGUGGAUGGGUGAAAGUGAGAAGCUAGUUUCAAAUCUCUUCCAAAUGGCUCGUGAAAGUGCUCCUUCCAUUAUAUUCAUUGAUGAAAUCGAUUCCCUUUGUGGCCAACGUGGAGAAGGAAAUGAGAGUGAAGCUUCUAGACGAAUCAAAACGGAACUGCUUGUGCAGAUGCAGGGGGUCGGACACAAUGAUGAUAAAGUUCUUGUACUUGCUGCCACAAACACUCCUUAUGCGCUUGAUCAGGCUAUUCGGCGACGAUUUGAUAAACGCAUUUACAUCCCUCUCCCGGAUCUGAAGGCACGACAACACAUGUUCAAGGUGCACUUAGGAGAUACCCCUAACAACUUGACUGAAAGAGACUUUGAAGACCUGGCUCGUAAAACUGAAGGAUUCUCUGGUUCAGAUAUUUCUGUUUGUGUAAAGGAUGUUCUAUUUGAGCCUGUACGGAAGACUCAAGAUGCGAUGUUUUUCAUCAAGACUUCUAACGGUUUGUGGAUGCCAUGUGGACCAAAGCAAUCAGGUGCUGUCCAGAUAUCAAUGCAAGAGCUUGCUGGUCAAGGACUUGCUUCUCAGAUCAUUCCACCUCCGAUAUCAAAAAUGGACUUCAAUAAGGUCCUCACAAGACAGAAGCCUACAGUGAGCAAAUCUGACCUCAAUGUUCAUGAGCGAUUCACAAAGGAGUUCGGCGAGGAAGGCUAA